AUGCAAGAAAUCGAGACUGAUGUUGAAGUUAUGCCGGUUGUCACGACAAUGUUAAAUAUCAACAUAUCAUUAGCCACAAGUAUGGAUUACAGUACUAAUCACAGUGACAUGAACACGAAUGGCUUCGACAUGCCACCUAAGGAAAUACCCCUCUCCAACAGCCUUGACCCACUGCACAUCGAGCGCUUCAUGAACGGAAUCAUGGCAAUCGUAAUCAUUGCCCUCGGCCUUGUUGGAAAUACCCUCACUGUAAUUGUGCUCACACGCCGGACAAUGCGUUCAUCCACAAAUUGCUACCUCACAGCACUCGCUAUCUGGGAUGGAUUUGUGCUGAUUGGUACCUUAAUUCUCAUCACCAUUCCUCAACUCUCCGAGUCCUUUCGGCACCACGCCUUUGCAUAUGUUGCAGUGUACAUAUACCCAUUUGCAUUGGUGGCACAAACGGCCACCCUGUGGCUCACGGUGUCCUUUACAGUGGAGCGAUACAUUGCAGUAUGCCACCCACUCAAGGCUGCACAAAUGUGUACUAUUGCUCGUGCCCGUAUGGUUAUAAUAUUUGUAUCAAUCACUUCGUUCCUGUUCAACCUGAGCCGCUGGUUUGACUAUCGUAUUGACUAUGACAAGGAUAAUGCUACUAAUGCCACAAUCAUUAUCCAUAAUAGUACAGAGUUUGGUGGCAACAAGAUUUACCAUAAAGUCUAUUUCUUCGGACUUUAUCUUUUCGUGAUGUUUUUCAUACCCUUGCUGGCCCUUGCUGUAAUCAACACCUUCCUUGUCUUGGCUGUCAAGCAAUCAAAAAAACAACGCAUUGACAUGAACGUGCGGCAACAUCGUGAGAACAAUGUGACCAUCAUGCUGGUUUCGGUGGUGAUUGUGUUUAUAAUUUGUCAAGUUCCAGCCCUAGUCUACAAUGUAGCAUACGCAGUCGACAUGGAAAGUGUUCAAAGUUUAUUCGGCUGGAAAGUUUUAUCGACAUUCAGAAACUUCAUGGUUACUUUCAACAGUGCCAUCAAUUUUAUUCUGUAUUGUGCAUUUGGCCAGAAGUUUCGUCGUACGUUUAUGAAGACCUUUUGUCAGAGAUGCCUUAGAAGUGAGGAUUUCAACGCGUUUACUUACCCACAAUCCACUGUGCUUGCAUCCAUGACACUUGGUAACAGCAAGUACCGCGUGCUACGGGGUAAAAAGAACCCACAACUCGAAAUGACUGACCUUACUUGUGCAUCUAACGCUACACAUACCACUUUGUUGUCAAAAUAUUCACCUCAAACCUCAAAAACUACCACACCCAUCCACAAAAUCAAAUAUGAAAAUGGAAAAUUUAACAACACGAUUACAAAAAGAAAUGGGGAACUACUCAAGGAAGGUUACGGAAGUGAAAUUGAAGAUGUACAGGAAGUCUGCGACAUCCUUAAAACACCAUUUUCUAGUGGAGCACCUUCACCAGUGUUGUAA